AUGGCGCGACCGGGCGCGACGACGACGCCGACGGUGGUUGAGUAUGGGCGGGUGAUGCGUGAACGCGUGCGAGAGGCGGCGCGGCGACGGGGGCGAGAGCCGAACGCGGUGGACGAGUACGUGCUCAACGAAGCCUUGGCGGAACGGAAAAUCGAAGAGGCGGUGAAGAUGGAAGAUUUUGAACUGGCGAAGAUUUUGGUGGAGGAACGACGGAGGAAAGAGCGGGAGUUGACGCCGAGCGCGGCGUUGGCGGCGGCGUUGGCGAGACGGUUGAGGGAGCCGAAUUCAGAGGAGACGGAGCUCAUUUGCGCCGACGUCGUGCAGUUGGGUGAUCGGAGGUUAACCCCGGCGUUGUCGCGUGCUUUGUGCGUCGUGACGGAUGAGUACGAAGGUGCGGCGCAGGCGAUCGAGCACGCGCUGUGGAUGCUGUGGCAAAAGAGCGGGAAUAGUUAUUACGACGCGCGGUUGCUGGACGGCAUACGAGCCAUGAGCAUCGUCCCGGACGGGCUCCCGAUGGCGCGAGAUAUCUUCACGGAAAUCAUGGAAGCCAAGCCCGAGUUCGCAGAGGCACAUAAUAAGCGCGCCACGACGCUGUACCUGAUGCAACUGUACGAUCUGUCGAUCGAAGAUUGCGACAACGCGCUGACGCUGAACCCGCAGCAUUUUGGCGCGCUCUCGGGGAAGGGGUUGUGCUACCUCGCGUUGCAUCGGUACAAGGACGCCCUCGAGAGCUUUGAUGCCGCGUUAAGAAUAAAUCCGAGGAUGGAACACGUUCGAAGGUAUCGAGAAUCGCUCAAGACGAUGAUCGAUCGGUGCGAGACGAAACAACUUCCGAAUUCGGAGACUCCACAUGAAGACGUGGACGAAUGA